CUUCGCGGGCCUUUCCUCGAAAGCGCCGGCAGGUCGUGGUCGUCUCCUUCCCCGAUCCACACAUCCCCAAUCCUGAAGGAGAUAUAGAGGCCACACAGAGCUUCACCCUCCUGGCGGAGCUCCUUUGGGCCACCAAACACGGCGCCGCCGUACAGGGGAGAAGCCGAUCGAGGUUGUCUCGUUGCCGGCGCCGAGGAGACUGGACAGAGAACUACAGCAGAAGGCAAUGUGAGAUCAGCAGUGCCUGUAGCAUCAUUGCCUUUGUUUGCCCAGAGGAUAUCUUGUUACUGACCAAACACUUUGAACAAGAAUCAUCUCUCCACCAACAUGGCAUCAAAUCAGCCAAUAAACAAGUCCUCAGUUAUAGCCAUGGCUUGGGGAUUAUUCAAUGAUGGUGCUGGGGUGCUUUCCAACUUCAACACAUAUAAAGAAUUCUUCAGCUGGACGGCAUCAGUUAUAACCGCCAUUCAUUAUCGACAGAGCACCUCAGAGUCGCCAGACAAUGACAAGACAGUUGCACAACCACAUGAUAAAGAGAAAAUUGAUCGGCUAGAGGUUGAUCUUUGGAAGCUGAAGACAACAAUGCCCAAGAUGCUUGACCUCAUUGAUCGGGUUGAGUUUCUAAGCCAUAAGGAACAAGUGGUUGAUCUCCUCCCAAAUAUCAAAGGUGCAGUGUUCGAUGCAGAGGACCUGCUUGAUGAGUUUGAUUAUGAUGUACUCAAGUUGAAGGUUGAAUGCAGCAAGAAUUUGAAGCCAGGUCAUUAUAAUGACACCUUUCUGGAAUUCUUCGACAGAUCCAGUGAUUACAAAAGACAAGUCAACAUAAUUCAAGAAAAACUAGAUCAUGUCCAUAAGCAGGCCAUGGAUAUGGGCUUGCACCAAGCACCACGGAAGUUUGAUAAAUCAGUUAGGCCAGAAACAACUACCUACUUUAAUUGUGUGGAAAAAAUGGUUGGUCGUGAAAAAGAAAUGAAGGAGUUGUUGGGAAAACUAGGAGUUCGUGGACUGAAGAGAGGAAGAACUGAAAGCAAAGCAAGAAUGACAGAGUUGCAUGUGUUAUCCAUUGUUGGCAUGGGAGGUGUCGGGAAGACAACGAUGGCCCAACAAAUCUGCAAGAAUACAAAUGUGAAGAAACACUUUGGCCCCAUAAUUUGGACAUGUGUUUCAGAUGACUUUGACACAAAAGGGUUAACGAAAGCGAUUAUAGAGGGCCUCGGAGGAGACGCGUCAUCUAAUAAUCUGAAUGUUCUUAUGGGUAAACUAGAAGGUCGUGUCAAGUCCAAAAAGUUCUUGCUUGUCCUUGAUGACAUGUGGGAUGAUAUCUUGAAGGAUGACGCAGCAGGGUGGAAGAGCUUGUGUGCAUGUUUGGAAAAUGGCGCUGAAGGAAGUAGGAUUUUGGUCACCACUAGAUUCCCCGAGGUUGCUGAGCUAGUUGGCCCUAUGAAUAAUUUUGAGUUAAAUGGCUUAGAACCAAAGGUAUUCUGGGAUUUCUUCAAAUCCUGUGCAUUUGGAUCCACGAGUUCUUGCAACAACCAGGAGUCACUGGAAUUGGAGCACAUUGGUAAAGACAUUGUUCCAAAGUUGAAGGGUUCCCCAUUAGCUGCCAAGACUAUUGGUCGCUUGCUGAGAAUGGAGCUAAGUACAACACAUUGGAAAAAUAUAAAGGAAAGUGAACUCUGGAAAUUAAAACAAACAGAUACUGACAUUCUGCCAGCCCUUCGACUGAGCUAUAUGUAUCUACCGCAGAAACUGAAGAGAUGCUUCUCAAUCUGUGCAAUGUUUCCCAAGGAUCACAAAUUUGGGAAGGAUUUUCUAGCUGAUAUUUGGAUUGCACAAGGAUAUGUGGAGGGGCCCCAAGAAUCAUCAAUGUGCUUCGAUGCCCUUGCAAAUCGUUCAUUCUUUCAGAAACCAUCACCACAGAGUCUUAAGUAUGCAAUUCAUGAUCUGAUGCAUGACACAGCACAGCUAGUCUCGAAGGAUGAGUGCUUCAUUAUAAAGCAUGCUAGUGACCUGGACAAAGUUCCUUCAAAUGUCCGUCAUCUGUCAAUAUUCACAAACGGAAAUGUUCAGUGUUCUGAAUUGAAGAGCAUAUGCGACAAGAAAAAUUUGAGGUCCCUGGUAUGCGAUGAAUCGUAUAGCAAAGCAAAAGAUUUUGAGCCUGUGAUAAACUGUUGGUUCAGGGAGCUACCGAAAAUCCGUGUAUUGAGUUUUAAACUUUCUGGAGUACGACAACUACCUGAGAGCAUGGGCAACUCAAAGCAUCUGCGUUACCUUUCUUUACUUGGAAGUGUUACUUUCAGCACAUUUCCAUUAUCAGUAUGUCGUCUGCAUCAUCUGAAAAAUAUAGACUCUAGCAGUUGUGUGAUUGAAAAGUUUCCUCCAGGCUUCAGUGAUGUCCUCAGCUUAGAGAAGAUCAAUUCAAAGUGUUUUAGUUAUAGCAAGGACCACUCUGGCAAACUCUGCCUAAAAUGGUCCCAUCCGCUGCAUAGUCCUGAGGGAGUGAAGAUAAUGGAAAACCUGUCAAGGGCCUCGGUGCCCAAGACAGCAGGACCUCGACUACGUAGUUCGUAGUCGCGGUGGAUAGGAGCGCUAGGGUUUUUGCCUGGCUGCUCUAUGAUGCGGGAGGGGAAGAUAGAAGGAAAUAACUUUAUUGCUUAUCCCUAAAGGGUGCUAACUAUCUGAUAUAUAAAGGCCCCAUGGGCUAAUAACAAACUAGAAACCUAUACGAAAUAAACUAGUCUAGGAACUAAUGUGCCCGGAUCAGGACUCCUGUCCAGCCUGCGCCUUGCCUGAUGCGGCCGUCGGCUGCUCCUGGCCGCGCGGCCCACGUCUGUAAGACGUGCCCCACAUGACAUCUCUCCCCCCCUCGACGAGCAGCUCGUCCUCGAGCUGAAAAGCGGGGUAGCGCUCGACGAAACUGUCAAGAUCCUCCCAUGUAGCUGACGAAGCUGCUUCACCCUUCCAGUGGACGAGUAGCUGGCGAACGCCGCGUGCUAGGAGCGCACGAGUCACGCGCUCUG